AGUUAGCUCUCUCUCUCUCUCGUGUUUUAUUAUCCUCUUUGUACUUUCACACAUCAAACCCUAGUAUAACCUUCAUACCAGCCGCCAUCUUCUCUAAAAUACCAUUUUCGUCUUCUCUGCCUCUCCAUCUUACCAACAACCAUCACAACGUCUUCAGCAACUUAAACUACAACGAGAAGCAUCCAUCGUUGGACGGGAGUCGUUUUAGCAUUUUCGGGUCCACUGGGAAAGGUCUGUUCAUUCUUUCACAGGUUCUCCAGAAGAAGUCAAAAGCGGAGAUGGGUCUAAAGAUGUUAGACUCGGCAUUUGGUAUUGUUUUCACGUCUUGAACGACAUACGACAUCAGAAAGUCAUGGACCACUGCAACUCUUCGGGUGGUGCUUAAGAGAGAAAGGAUGAGUUCGGCGAUUGGGCGGCGGAGAUGGAUGGUUGAAUCGAAGGAAGGUUGUAGGUGGGUAGGAAAGCGGUCGUGGAAGUGGAUGAGGUUGGAAACGGAGGAGUCUGGCUGUAUUUCAACAAAUACAUCAUCUUUACCAAAAAGAAUGGGUUAUCAAGACUUAAUUUUCAAUUCGAUGUUGAAGCCUAAGACCAAGAUAGAAUGAAUAAACAUGCAUACAGUGGGAGGUGGGAGAUUUACCAAAUGAAACACCGACACCAAUACCUCUAUCCGAAGGAGUGCAAAUGUGUUUUAUUCAUUUAUGAUUGUCAUUGUAGUACUAGUUUCUGUGUCAAACAAAAUAUAUAUUGUAACUUAUUCAUUUACUACUAUAAUUAUAUUCUUAUAUGAAUAGAAAUGUG